UCUUCGUACCGCCAAAUCCAUUUUUCUGCGUUUUCACUUUCAAAUCCUCUCCCAAAAAAUGGCGGUCUUCUUGUUCCUCGAUUCUUUUCCCCUCCCUACAAAGUCCCCCCCUCACACCUCCUUCUCCAUCUCACCCUUCGCUCCUUCCAUCUCUCUCGAUUUCCUUUCCAAUUUCCGAUCCAGUGAAAGGUCGAUUGAGUUCAGGAUCAAAUGGCUGAGACUCAGAACUCUGUCCGUGUUACUCGUGCUUCCAAGAAGAGAGCUGCCAUGGCUUCCAUGCCCGAGGAUCAACCCGUCACUAAAAAGCGGGUGGUUCUUGGAGAGCUUUCGAAUAUUCAGAACGUUACUGGCUCACUGCCGCAGAAGAGAAGGGCCAAAUCUCAGAUUACCAAAUGCAAGCCUAAAAAGAGAUGUAAGGUUGGUGUUGCUCCGACGAUCAAGACGGUUGUUGUUGAAGAUAAUGAACCGACGUUGAGUAUUGAUGAUAUCUUGGACGAUCCUGAGAUGAAGGGGCCUUAUUCAUCGGAUAUCUAUUCUUAUCUUCGCAAAAUGGAGGCGGAACCGAAAAGAAGGCCGAUUCCUAAUUACAUAGAGAAGAUCCAGACGGAUGUAAGUGCCAAUAUGAGAGGGGUUUUGGUUGAUUGGAUGGUUGAGGUUGCUGAGGAAUACAAACUCGGCCCCGAUUCUCUGUAUCUAUCCAUCUCUUACAUCGAUAGAUACCUAUCAAUGAACAUCCUCAGUAGGCAAAGGCUUCAAUUGUUGGGCGUAUCUUCAAUGCUGAUCGCCUCGAAGUAUGAAGAGAUCACUCCUCCACAUGUGGAAGAUUUCUGCUACAUAACAGAUAAUACUUACAGAAGGGAUGAGGUUGUGAAAAUGGAGGCUGAUAUACUUAAGUCUUUGAACUUUGAAAUGGGAAAUCCUACUGCCAAGACAUUCUUAAGGAGGUUCACUAAUAUUGCUCAAGAAGAUUUCAAAACACCAAGUCUGCAAUUGGAAUUCCUGGGUCAUUACCUUGCUGAGCUUAGCCUACUGGACUAUAAUUUUGUUAAGUUCUUGCCUUCUUUGGUUGCUGCUUCAGCUGUGUUUCUUGCAAAAUUCAUCAUGCGCCCAAAGCUGCAUCCUUGGGGUUCAAACAUACAACAAUACACAGGCUACAAGCCAGCUGAUUUGAGGUCGUCUGUGCUUUUGUUACAUGAUUUGUACAUGGCCAGAAGAGGAGGGUCUCUGAUUGCUGUGAGAGAGAAAUACAAGUUGCAUAUGUUCAAAUGUGUUGCAAUGAUGCCUUCACCCCCUGAGAUACCGUUUUCCUAUUUUGAAGAAGCUUAGAUUGACACAAGGGUCUUUGAUCUAGUUUACUUGCUAAUUUAGUUGACUAGAGAGGAUCGGAUUGGAUAUCUUGGUGUCUAAUGAAGACAUGAUUUUAACACUCUGCUAUUUGGGAAGAAAAUUUGGGUUCAGCUCUCAACCAGACUGGUGAUUUUGGUACCUCAAAGAUUAGGGUCUAUGUUCAUAUUAGUUGAAAUAUGUUUAUUAUUUUGACCAGUUGGCCAUUUUGUACUCCUUUGUACCUGUAAAUUGGAAGUUACUACCAUAUGAAUAACAGAAAAGAUUGCAUCCAUGGCCUUC